AAGGAACCGAUGGCUACUGCAUGUAACUGUAUGUAGUUAAACUGUGGAACAGACCUAUGGAUCGCAAGAUUUUGUGCCAGAUAAUUAUUUAAUGCCUAAUAAGAGAUUUGUUUGUUUUCGCUGCACCGCUGAACUAGUUCAAUAGCAUUGAGGCAAGACAAGUAUAUGUUUUCUCACUUCAACUUAUAGUACUAGUUCAGUGAUGCAGUGAAAACGAACAAACCUAAGUAGUUGAAGGCGCUCAGACGGACUUGGCCGGCCGAGUAAGGAAAGAAACCAAAAAAAAAUAUAUGUACCAGAAAAUUGUAUAAAUUAAAUAUUCGUAAUAUUCGAAUUUGUCUCUUUUGUUCGAUUUGUGUGAAAUGGUACGAGAUCCUACAGAUGAAAGGUACAGGAAACCACGUCGAAUCGGGAACACGCAGUUGCAUAAAUAUAUGCGGAUUGUGACGGGUAUUAUAUCAUCUAUUCUCGCUGUAAAAACGUACACUGUUGUGUACAAAUAUAAAAUUUUAUAUAAUGACGACAAACAACAUGAACAUGAACUGGAUACUGAUGCACCUAUAGCUCCAAUAAUAAAAUAUAGUUUAUCAGAUAUUUAUGAUAAACUAAUGAAGAUUUGGAUGAAAGAUUUGCCUGAAUCCACACAAGAGAAUAUACAAAGCGAUAAAUAAAGUUUAAAUAACAUAUUCAAAGUUUAUAUACAAGAAUGAUGGAUAAUAGGGAAGAUAGUUUACAUAAGCCCAAUAAUCUAAAAGGAAGAUUAAAAUUGAAAAAAGAUGACAAGGAAAGUACAGAUAAUAAGGCUUAUCUUUCUGAUGAUUGCAAUAAUGAAUGCGAAAAGAAUGGUUCGACUUGUACAUCUCAAACUUCAUGUGAGGACGAUAGCAUUUUGGAUUUUAAAUCACCGAAAAAAUACAUGUUACGGAAAAAUAUUAACAGCAAUAAGCUAUUAGAUAAGCCCAAAAAGAAAGUACCUAAUACUAAAAUAAAAAUUGUUAAUAAUAAGAAAAAGCCCGAUCAUCAUAGAUCAUUGCAGAGUAAGAAGAAUCUGCAUGACAUACAACAACCAUUGAUUGAGUCAUCCUUUUUUAAAACUGAAAAUAACGUAGACUCACCACAAGGCAGAGCAGCAAAUGUUAAAACAGCUUAUGUAUGUCCGUUGUGUUUUAAAAAUCUUAAGGACGAAAGUUCACAAGCUGUACACAUGAAAAGUUGCGCGAUGAAAAAUAAUAUUUCCACAAAGAAGCUGUUGGAUGCAGUGGAACUGCAAGAACGUCAGGCUGCAGAAAGAAAAUCGUUAGGAUUACUUUCUGCCCCUGUAUUACAGGACAAAAAGAAGCCCGUACCACGAAAAGCAGCACGUGAUGAUGAUCCUGAUCUUCAACUUGCUCUAGCACUUUCUAAGUCUCUGUAUGAGAAAGAAGAGAUAGAAAUCUUAGAUGAAGCUGAAAUCAUAGCUAUAUCAUCCAGUCCAUCUUUGCCAGAUAAUAACAAAGAAGGCUUUCAGAGAACAACGUUACAGAAUUUUGGAUUCACUAGCAACAGAAGUGUAUCACCAACAAACAAUUAUCCUACCAACAGAAUCAAGAGAAGAAAAUUCAUUGAACCAACUAUCCUACAAAGGCGUACAAUCGCAGAAAGAGAACGUAUUUUAACAGAAAGAAUAGCUGAAAUACUUAUGGGUUACAAAGAUUUCACGCAAAAAGUCCAAGGAGAGGAUGAACAACCUAUAAAUGUUAAAGAGAGAAUCGUCUUAAAGAGUCAAUUUCUCCAGCAAUUACGUCGAACUGAGAACACACUUUGGAAUAGGACACGAUUGACUCCGAAUCAAAAUGUAUUUUAUGUAGCGCAAUUGUCGCCUCAGAUAACACCAUUACUAAAGAAAGAAGAUGUAUUAAAUGAAGAGGAAAAUGUUACGAAGCUUACGGAUCACAGUGACAAAGAAUCUUUAACCAAGGGACCGCAGGAGAUAAAGAAAAUGCAGACUGCAAAUAUAAUAGAUAGCAACGAAAAAUUAACGAUCUCGAGAUCAGUUGAGGCAUGCUGCGAAAAGAGGAGAUUUCUUGACACUCUUGCAAUAGAUUGGAGAAAUAUAUUGAACGACAGUUCUGCCAGCGAUAUUAUUAUGCUUGUGAAAAAUGGCAAACACAUUUGGGUGCAUAAAUUGGUUUUUUACGUACGUUGCACAAAUAUUUUACUCGACGUAAUUACCAAUGAUACGGAAUUUUCUACCGUAAAGGAGAAGAUUUGUUGGAUCGACAUAGACUAUGACGUUGCCUUGGCCUUUCUAGAAUUUAUCUACUGCGGAACGAUAGACAGGCAUUCGAAUGCGCUCGAUUCGGACACGUUGUUAUUCGCUGUUAGAUCGUUAGCAAGGAAGUACAAAGUCAAUGAUUUGUUCGUUUACUUACGUCAGAAAAAGUUCGAGACUAAUUUGGCAGAAGCUGAACGUGAGGAAAGUACGGAGAAUGUAAUCGAAAGUGCAAAGGAGGCUUUGAAUGCUUCGGAUGAAUCGGGCAAGCUCACUUGCAACGCAACGCCGAAUCACACGCAUGAUGAGCUGAAAAGUACGGAAUGUGUUGAGAAAAUUCCACUACAAGAGGAUGUCAGUGACUACAGAGAUAAAUUUCAAUCUCUUAGAAAUAGUUACGUACUUGCAGAGGAUUCCUGCACACUGGAAGACAACGGAGCGGUUUCGAUCAACUCAUUGGAGCAAAUCAAUUCCAGGAACAUCACCUCUACGAAUCUACGAGGCGCCAGCAUAUCCCCCGACAUAUUCGACGACACGCCCGACGUAACAAAGUAUAAAUCCGCAACACGUUCUACAGAUCAUGAGGACUCGAAUAUCCACAUGUUAUUCAGUUUAAUUAAGCAGGAUGCGGAUAUCAGUAUUUGCAGUCAAAAGUUGUCAACUAAAGAAACUGAUGAUGCGAAACAUUCGGAGCGAAUGUCAGGCGAAAGUAUUUCCACCCGUUUGAAAAACGAGGAACAAGAUAUAAUGGAAAUUGAUUCAGAUUCCGAUUUGAAUUCUUCAAAGCCAUUCGUUGAUCCGUGUGAAGACAAAAAGUUGAUGGACACUCCCCAAAGCAGUAAGUCGAAGGCCAUUCAAGAGCGUUUAUCGAACGUAGCGAGAGAGAAGGGCGACCUCACAUUAUUUAUCGAGAAGAGACGAAGAGAAAACGCAAGGUCGAAUUCGGACGUCGACUCUGAUUCAGAUAUCACGAUACGUCCUGAAAAGAUGUCUCGCAUAAGGCAUUCGAAUCCAUUCCAUGUAUACAAGUGGGAUGAUAAGGCUGCCCAAUCCGAUAACUUGAAACAGUCAAAUAAGACGAGAAAAAAGUUUGGUAAAUUGAGUAUAAUCGAACAGCGUAUGCGAUCGUUUGCUGAUAAAAAUCCAGAAUUUUACUCCGAUUUUUCUAAUGAACGUGCGACAGAUAUUAAACGAACUGAUUCUUCGCCUGCGUCAUCACCCAAGAGGAAAUCUCCUCGCGAUAACCCUGAGAAUUACUCACAAUUGAACAUUGCUCCAGUUGAAGAAGACGUUGACAUUUCGGAUCGAGUCACAAUUACGCCAUUAUCGAAGGUACAUUCACCGUGUAUCGGAAUGAUGAAUAAGUCGAUCAGUGAAAGCAUUUGUAAUUUAGAAGCGGACGAGAAAGAAGACGAGAUUUCCAUGUAUUCCAAAUACAUAAGGAAUCAUCAUGACAAUAGCAUAGCAAAGUAUCGCACAGCGAUCGAGAGAAACAUGUCAGAUAGUGAUCUGUCUGGCGAAAGCAUGUUAUCAAAUACACGGAAAGAAGAGAGCGACACUAUGGAGGAGGACGAUGCAGCUCUGACUCAGUUUUUUUUAAUGCAGGAAGUUGCGGAUGUAGUCGUUUCAUCGGAUACUGAAGUUGAAAGCAUAUCCUCCGAUGUUAACUGUUCAGUCAUUUUACACGAUGACUCUAAUUAUAAAGAUCACGUACAGCUGUCUAGAAAAACAACGAAAGAUAAUAAGCAAGAUACAGAGAGUGAGAAUCAACCACUCGUUAUUGAAGAGACCGCAAAAGCUACGACAACAGAUUUGGAAGAGCAGAAAGAUAUUAACAGCACAAUUUUAUCAGAUCGAACCAAAUUCAAUAUUAAUAAUAGAAGCGUAACAGCAGAUAAUGAAGACGUCAAACUUGAUAUGAUUUUCACGCGAACAAAAUCCGGCUUAAAUGAAUCAAAUCGAGAUAAAAUUGAUAAUCACGAAGAAAAAGCCAUUCCAAGUCCUAUUAUGGUAUCUUCCAGUCCGGAUUUACGAAAUACGGAAAAUUCAUUCUCAAGUAGAGAAGAUUGUGAUGAAUACGUGGCAGAAGCAGGUAGCCGUAAAUCAAGAAAAUCUACUGGAUUCGCUUUUAAUUUUGAAGACGAUAUAUAUCUCGCAAAUGUCGACGUCGAUAAAUAUGAGGAACAUCACGUCUUAGAAAGGAGCAAGUCAACUGAUAUAUUAAACGUAACAGAAUUUAAGAAAGGUAAUUCAUGCAGAUGCAGCAAUAAAAGUAAUCGGGAGAACAUCACAGAUAGCCGGAAAAUAACUAGUGGUGUAAUUCAUUGUGAGAAAUUAGAUCGUAGUGCUAUGUUUUUGACUCGAAGUAUUACAAGCGUUAGAAAAUUUCAAAAGAAAUCCUUAUCCGAGGGGCAAAUAAAUAUUAACAGACUGCAAAAUCAAGAUAUGCCUAAGCAUGCAUCCGUCCAAUUUCAGUAUAAUCAAAAUAUUGAGAAUAUCAAAGCUGUGCCUAAGAUAAUUGACAAAGAUGUUACACCACCGCCUGAUUACGAUGGUAUGAAAACUCCCGAAUUACAUAGAGAAAUGAAGAGGUAUGGAUUAAAGGCGCAGAAACGUUGCAGGGCUGUGAAAUUGUUAAAACAUAUAUAUAAUGAACUUCACCCUUUGAUACCUAUAAAUGAAAUAAGCACAGAACAGGAAAUUGCCGAAGUAUCAAGUGAUGAAGAAGGUCCACCGGCGAAGAGACCAAAUACAAAUGACAGCAGUGUGGAAAAAUCGAAUAGCACAGAGGAGAGUGACGAUGAAUUACUUUGUUCACAAGACAGUAAUAUUACCUGUUCCGGUAAUGACAGUGUGAAUUCCAUUAAAAGUACAAUCAGCAAGGAAAUGGAAUUUUAUGAAACUGAAUCAUUACCGGCAUUGGAGAAUUCGACAGAUAUUAGAGAAGCUUUUACCAGAUUGAUCAAUGUUGAUAAAGAUUUACAUAACAAAAUAUUACGAUAUGAGCCUGUAAAUAUCGAACAAUUGCAUUCUACAUUACGGUCACGUGGAUUUAAAUGCAAACUUUCUAAUUUCAUGAACUUCCUGGACGAGCAGUGUAUUACGUUUUAUGUUCCGGAACAAAGUGUGAGAAGCAGAACACGUAGGAAAGCAUAAUCUAUAAAUGGAAUGUUUCUGGAGAAAUCCAUAUUGCCUUUUAUUGUGAAUAUCUUUGAAUGCAGCAUUUUCACAUCAGGUCAGUUUUAUGAUUGUUAUAAUAUGAGGAAUUGGAAUAUGAAAUUAUUAUUAAUAUACGUUUAUGUGAAGUGAA